GAACCUUUAAACAGAGUUAUCUAUAUAGUUGUGUUUAAACCUUCAUCAUGAUUUUCAGAAUAUUCAUCUGUAUAUUUAUCUUAGAUUUUAAACAGGUCCACUCGCUUUCUGAGGAGGCCCGAAAACUGGUUGAGAAAUGGGCUCCCUUAGUUUGGAUUCAUUCAGAAGAUCCAUUCAUGCCUUCAUCUGUACCAUUUCAUUUACAGAAUAUACAGAUUAAUGAUGAGAAUGAAAGACUAGUACAGGAGAACCCAACUCAAGAUUCUAUAGUUACAGGUCCGGAUACAGAUAUUAUGCAUAUGAAUACCAAGUAUCCUGUGGACUGUGUAAACUGUUUCCAACCUUUCUUCUUUGGCGAGGACCCCAGUACAGCUCCUAUGUACACAUUUGUAACUGAACAUCUGGAUUCCUGCAGUACAGUUGAUGUCACUUACAGUAUGUUCUACCCGUACAAUUAUGGAAAAGAUGUUUGCGUUGGUUUGGAAGAGUUUGGAUUCUGUGUUGGAGAUUGGCAAACUUUUGGAAAUCAUAUAGGAGACUGGGAACAUGUGUCUUUGAGAUUUCAAGGCGGAGAGCCUUUGAUGAUUUAUGUUGGUGUUCAUUCCUUUGGGGCUUGGUACUCUUGGGACAGAUCUGCAAACAGAUUUGUAUUUUCUCACGGAGAGCCUCUCAAGAAGAAAACUAUAAGAAAUGGUAAAACACUUGAGAUGAGAAUAGAUGUGGACUACCCUGAGUUCCUGGACCUGGAGGAGGGUAGACCAGCUGUGUUCAGUGCUAACGGUUCACAUGGGGUUUGGGCACAACCAGGAAAGCACACUUACCUACAUAUACUGACGGUACACCUGGAUGAUUUUUGUGAUAAAGGAGUUUCAUGGAAAUCUUGGGAAAACCUCAAAAUCUACGAAACCGGACCUUUGGACCAGUACACAGGAGAGGAUAGUUGGAUUAACUUUAAAGGAAGAUGGGGCAAUAUUAAGAAAUUAGGGUGUGGUUUAGAGCCUUUAAUAGGAGAAUGUGGACUAGUGGGUGGACCUACAGGACCACACAAAUACUUCAAACAUGACUUCCAGCAACCACCAGCAUGUAUUCCACCUAGAUUCCACCUCUAAUAAACUUCCAGAAACCUGUAUUCCAGCUAGAUUACAGUCGAAUAUACUUCCAGCAACCUAUAGCCUAUAUACCAGCUCUUAUAUGCUUCCAGCAACCACCAGCAUGUAUGCCAGCUAGCUUCCAGCUCUAAUUACUUCCAGCAACCUCUAGCAUGUAUUCCAGCUAGAUUCCAGUUCUUAUACGCUUCCAGCAUCCUCUAGCCAGUAUUUCAGAGCUCUAAUAAACUUCCAUCAACCACUAUUCUGUAUUCUAGCUAGAUUCCAGCUUCAAUAGAACUCCAGCUCCCUCCGACCUAUUUUCUAGACCAGCUAGAUUCCAGCUAUAAUAUAAUUCUAUGACCCUCCAGCCUGUAUUUCAGCUAGAUUUUAGCUCUAACAUACUUUCAUCAACCUUCAGAAUGUAUUCCAGCUAGAUUCCAGCUCUAAAAUAUUUCCAGAAAACUCUAGCAUGUUUUCUAGCUAGAAUCUAGCUUUAAUAUACAUCAAGCAACCACUAGCCUGUAUUCCAGCUAGGUUACAGCUUUGAUAUGCUUCUAGCACCCUCCAGCCUGUAUUCCAGCUAGAUUCCAGCUCUAAUAUACUUCCAGCAAUAAGUAUUCCAGCUCUAUUCUAGCUCUAAUUUACUUCCAGCAACCUGAAUUCCGGCUAUAUUUUAGCUCAAAUAUACUUUCACCAACCUCUAUUCUAGCUAGAAUCCAGCUCUAAUAUACUUCCAGAAACCUCUAGCCUGUAUUCUAGCCACAUUCCACUCUAAUAUACUUGAAGUACCCUACAGCCUGUUUUCCAGUCAAGCUAGAUUCCAGCUUCAAAUUCUACCAGCAACCACCAGCCUGUAUUCCAGCUAGAUUCUAGUUCUAAUAUACUUCCAGCAACCUC